AUGUUGGUACCGCUGAUCAUAACGUCGGUGGCAGCCGGUCUGCUUUCCGUCACCUCGUAUUUUCCGCACAAGAACCAUCUCAGGCUUCACGGUGACACCAUCGACCCAUCUUCGCUAGCCACGGAUUACCUGCUCAACCUCCAACACUGCCAGCCCGUCUCGACGCGCUUGCCCAAUGAGGCAGCCGGACCUGUGGAGCCGUCGUUCUGCGAAGACGUCGUGCUGGAUCGUCGCACAGGUAUGGCCUACCUCAGCUGUGAUCCUACACGACUCACGUGGGAUGCUCGUGCAGGCAUCUACGAGGACGGUGGGGACAAGCUCGCUUCCGAGCAAGGCACCCCAGGCAUCUGGGCCUGGGACACCAAUCGACGUAGUUUGGCUCGAAAACUCUACAUCUCGACGCCCCCUCCCGAGUAUCCCUUCAAGGCACCCGCCGAUCUUUUGUCGACCUUCCAUCCACUUGGUAUCGCGGUUACAGCUUCCAAUCCUUACUUUGUCGAAGAGGUGGAUGAGGGCGUGGAAGCGCGGCCGGAACCGCCGGCGAACCUCGUCAUUGUCGCUAACAAGCCUUAUGCUGACCGUCCCGGCGUAAUCGACGUCUUUGUCCAUGAUUUGGACAAGAUCGGAAAAAAGGAUCACACAACGCUUCGAUGGAUCAAGCGUCUCGAGGGAGACGACCUGACCGGUACCCACGUCGAUUCAGACAUACCGUUCAGACUGGACCCCUUCCGCAUCGCCAUCUUUGAAGAACAGUAUUCACAGCCAAUCGAACGAGACUAUCCCGAGCCUCAGCACGUCCAGGACAACCCAGACCAUCUGGCUGGAUUCCGAGACGAUGAUAUCGCAUCCAAGGCUGCCAGAUUAGUUCGAAUCCCCAGCUUUUUCGUCACGUCAUUGCCUGAUCGCAGUAAAUCAACAGCAUCGCUGGACUUGACUGAACGCAGUUCGCUGUUCUCUGCCAUGUGGCAACCGGUAGCAUCGUACCUGUUGCCUCAGUACUCGCUGACCAGCGACGUGCUCACACGCAAGCUUUUCCUGCACCACUCUUCGAUCAACAAGACGCUCUCGGUACGGCUUGACGGAAGCGAUCCGGACCAUUGGCAAGGUUUCCCCCCGCUGGUCAAAGCCUGGGGUGGUGGAGGCAAAGCUGCUGGCUCCAACUCGUCCGCCAUUGCGCUGUUCAUCCCAACUCUCACAGCCGACUCGGCCAGGGUGCAGGAGUGGGAGCAGCACUGGGUGCGAGGCAUCGCCGGAGGCAUUCGCGAUCACAGCGUGCUUCAGCAAGGGACAACUUCCGACGGUAGGCCAAACAACGUUCUUCAGAUCUUCAAGACCUAUACACCUUCGUUUGUCAACUUCUUCGCCAUAGAACACGAGACACCCGUGCGCGCACUAGCCAUCGACGAACAUGGUCGGAGUUGGACCGCGGGCAACCCCAACACACGAUCCGUUGAGAAGUGGAUCACAUCGCAGCGAGACGAGCGACGACGUCGACUCGGUCUGCCGACUUCUUCGCCAGCACUGUCCAGCUCCGAACGUCCACCUCGGCCAGCAGCCAGAAUCGACCAGACCACAUUUGUCUUCCGACACUUUGGCAGCGUUGUUGCGCAUCCUUGGGAGAAAGAGAAGCUCAAAUUGAAGCGGCAAAAGGGUGUCUUUUUGAGGAAAGAGUUCCACACGUUCAACGUGUACAAGAGUCCCGCUGAGACCAAAGCUGAGCUCGAGGCCAGGAGCGACGAGGAGCUGAAAAAGAGGGGAUUUUUGCCAACAAUACCGACAGGGCUAGCUGUUGAUAUUCACAAGAAGCUGCUGUACGUUACCGGAGCGUAUGAGGAACGUGGUAUUGCAGUCUGCGCUUUACCGAAGGAUUGGGUAGAGGCUUAA